GUACACAUAUAUUUGGUGAUUGCAACGUUAACCAAGUGUACCAUGGCCUCUUCAACGUUUCCAACGGUGAACAAGUGCAACUCUAUUGGUAGGGAAAAGCACACGGUGGUGGCGGACAUGGAUGGGACCUUACUCAUAGGUCGAAGUUCGUUCCCUUAUUUUGCUCUCGUGGCCUUUGAGGCUGGUGGGGUUCUUAGGCUUUUGUUCUAUGUCUUGGCUUCCCCUAUUGCUGCUCUUCUCUAUUACUUUAUCUCUGAGGCUGCUGGCAUUCAGGUUCUGAUAUUUGCCUCCAUGGCUGGCAUGAAAGUAUCGAGCAUAGAGUCCGUUGCACGUGCGGUUCUUCCGAAGUUCUACGCGGAAGAUGUUCACCCGGAGACGUGGCGCGUGUUCUCCUCGUGCGGGAAGCGUUGCGUGCUCACGGCGAAUCCCAGGGUCAUGGUCGAGCCUUUCUUGAAGGAGUUUCUCGGCGCCGACGUCGUUUUGGGCACUGAGAUCGGGAGUUACAUGGGAAGAGCAACUGGGUUGGUUCGCAGGCCCGGGAUUCUCGUUGGGAACAAGAAAGCCCAGGCUCUCGUUAAGGCCUUCGGAGAGGACAAGCCCGAUGUUGGGCUCGGAGAUAGACUAACCGAUGCUCCCUUCAUGGCUUUGUGCAAGGAAGGUUACAUAGUCCCACCAGCCACCCCCGACGUAAAGUCAGUCCCAACAGACAAGCUCCCAAAGCCCAUAAUCUUCCACGACGGGCGCCUGGUCCAGAAGCCCAGCCCUCUGAUCGCCCUCCUCACCAUCCUCUGGAUACCCAUGGGCUUUCCCCUGGCCUGCCUCCGCAUCGCCGCGGGCUCCCUCCUCCCCAUGCACAUGGUCUACCACGCCUUCUGGGCCCUGGGCGUCCGCGUCCACGUGAAGGGCACCCCUCCCCCGAGGCCCAACUCCAACGCCAACUCCAACUCCGGCGUCCUCUUCAUCUGCUCCCACCGCACGCUCCUGGACCCCAUCUUCCUCUCCGCCGCCCUCCGCCGCCCCAUCCCCGCCGUGACCUACUCCGUGUCCCGCCUCUCGGAGCUGAUCUCCCCCAUCAAGACCGUCCGGCUCUCCCGCGACCGCGACGCCGACGCCGCCGCCAUAAAAAGUCUCCUUCGAAGCGGCGACCUGGCGAUCUGCCCCGAGGGCACGACCUGCCGGGAGCCGUUCCUCCUCCGGUUCUCGGCCCUCUUCGCGGAGCUGACCGACGAGCUGGUCCCCGUGGCGAUGGUGAACCGCAUGAGCAUGUUCCACGGCACCACCGCGAGGGGGUGGAAGGGCAUGGACCCCUUCUACUUCUUCAUGAACCCUAGCCCCGCUUACGAGGUGACGUUCCUCAACAAGUUGCCCAAGGACUUGACCUGUGGGGCUGGGGGCAAGUCCAGCCAUGACGUCGCCAAUUACAUUCAGAGGGUCAUUGCUUCCACCUUGUCCUACGAGUGCACUGGCUUCACCAGGAAGGAUAAGUACAGGGCGCUCGCGGGGAAUGAUGGCGUUGUCGUCGACAAGGGGAAUAAGAACAAGGCUCACACUCACAAAGUCAUGGGUUGCUGA